UCACUCAACACACACAAUACAUAUUCUCUUUCCUCCGCACAAUGCCGCAAUACUUCUCUUUCCCUCUUCUAUCUUAACAUAGAAAAAAAGAUAGAGGAAUAUUUCUUUGGCUGAAACUAGAAAAUAGAAAAGGAGAAAGCAGAGUUCUCUGUUUUGAGCUAAAGAAAGAAGUGGAGAAAUGGCAGAGGUUUCUACAAAUGCUUUAUUACCAGACACAUUUCAGGGGACAGCAGCAGAUAUAGCAGGGCAAAUUGGGUUAAUGUGGGAAUUAAUUAAAGCCCCAUUGAUAGUUCCAUUAUUGAGAGUUGCUAUAUACAUAUGUUUAGCUAUGGAACUUAUGCUUUUCAUUGAAAGGCUUUAUAUGGGUAUAGUUAUUAUUCUUGUAAAACUGUUCUUGAAAAAACCAGAUAAAAGGUACAAAUGGGAAGCAAUGCGUGAAGAUUUGGAGAUUGGGAAUGCAGGUUUUCCUAUGGUACUUGUUCAAAUCCCCAUGUUCAAUGAAAAAGAGGUUUACAAGGUUUCUAUAGGAGCUGCAUGUAACCUAUCAUGGCCAUCUGAUAGACUUGUGAUUCAAGUUCUUGAUGAUUCUACUGACCCUCUCAUUAAGGAUUUGGUUGAGAAAGAAUGCCUAAGGUGGGCAAGCAAAGGCAUUAACAUUAGAUACCAAAUCAGAGAGAGCAGAGGAGGCUACAAAGCUGGAGCUCUUAAAGAAGGAUUAAAGCAUGAUUACGUCAAAGAUUGCGAGUACGUUGUCAUUUUUGACGCUGAUUUUCGGCCUGAACCGGAUUUUCUCCGGCGAGCUAUCCCUUUCCUUGUACAUAACUCAGAAAUUGCACUUGUUCAAGGUCGUUGGCGUUUUGUGAAUUCAAAUGAAUGCUUGUUGACGAGAAUGCAAGAGAUGUCACUAGAUUACCAUUUCACAGUGGAGCAAGAAGUGGGUUCAUCUACUCAUGCAUUCUUUGGGUUCAACGGAACUGGAGGGGUAUGGAGAAUAGCAGCGAUUAAUGAAGCUGGUGGAUGGAAAGACAGAACAACUGUGGAGGAUAUGGAUCUUGCAGUUAGAGCUAGCCUCAAAGGCUGGAAGUUUCUUUAUCUUGGUGAUCUCCAGGUGAAAAGUGAACUUCCAAGUACAUUCAAAGCAUUCCGUUUUCAGCAGCAUCGUUGGUCUUGUGGCCCCGCCAAUUUGUUCAGAAAAAUGGUGAUGGAGAUUGUUAGGAACAAGAGAGUGAAUAUUUGGAAGAAGUUUUAUGUGAUCUACAGCUUCUUCUUCGUCCGAAAGAUCAUAGCUCAUAUGGUCACUUUUUUCUUCUUCUGUGUUGUUCUUCCAUUAAGUCUUUUAGUUCCUGAAGUUGAAAUCCCUGUAUGGGCUGCCAUCUACAUCCCCUGCAUCAUCACAAUUCUCAACUCUGUUGGAACUCCAAGGUCAAUUCAUCUACUUUUCUACUGGAUUCUCUUUGAGAACGUCAUGGCUUUCCACCGAACCAAGGCUACAUUUAUUGGCUUGCUCGAAGCAAAGAGGGCUAACGAAUGGGUUGUCACAGAAAAACUAGGUGAUGCUCUCAAAAACAAAGAUAAAACCAAACCAACCAAGAAACCUCGAGGAUCUCUAUUCGGAGAUAGGAUUCUUCCACAAGAAUUGGGAUUUGCACUUUUCCUUUUCUUCUGUGGAUGCUAUGAUGUUCUUUAUGGGAAAAGCCAGUACUUCCUUUACAUUUUCCUCCAAGUUGUUACCUUUACAAUUGCUGGAUUUGGCUACAUUGGCACCAUAGUCCCCUCAUAAUUUAAUUGCACAAACAAGAAUUUUUCUUGGUGUAUAUAUUGCCUCUUCUACAAAGAAAAUAUAAGUACGAGUCCUGCAACCAUUUUCAGAGGCAUAACAACUCGAACCUCUAGAGAAAUAUUUUCUUAGAGAUGCAAUGCUGAUAAAAGGGAUGAAAAGCAAAGAGAUGUUUGUAUUAGCACAGAACACAGAAGAAGCAGACAAAGCAAAUGCAUUAGUUGAAUAGAUAGAUUGUAUUUUUCUUCUAUUGAAGUGUUUUAGUUGUGUGACAUUGUAAUUCUUUAGCUUGCAAGUCAUUUUCUUUCUUUUUACUUUGUUUCCUUGUUCCCUUGGUGUUUUAAUGGUUUUCAAGGAGACAUAAGCUGAGGAUAUGGCAAAAAGCUUUUGUCAUUCUAGUUCCAAUUCUUUUUCUUUUGAUGAUCGUUGUAUUAUAAAGAGUACACCAUCAAUAUACAGGUAAUAGAAGCAAGUGAUUUUAAAUA